GUUUGUGACAAUCACGUGACUGGCGUCCAAAUCCAUGAUUGAUUCGAGUUCAGUGUGGCAUAUAGCACUGAUGUCUCUACUACUCAGGUCUAUGCCUCAGGCUUCUUCAUCUGCGUCUGUUCGUUGCAUGAUAAUACCCGACCUUCAGUGGAAAAUCUUCCAGUUGGUCCAUGACACCUUUACAGAGCGCUCGAGAAAUCAGACACUCCUGGCACUUGCUUUAACGUGCAAGUUAUUCACUGGACUUGCACUGGACUUCCUAUGGCAAGACCUAUCUGGGAUUGCUCCACUUAUCAAAUGCCUACCUUCGAACCUAUGGAAAUAUGUUAAGGGAAACCUGGAAUUUCAAAGGACCAUGACCAUCGAUGACUGGUCUAUAUUUUGCAGAUACAACCACCGUGUCCGUUCACUCAAAACAUCAGCUAAUACGCUCGGUGCCGGAACUUGGCGUACUCUCAACUGCCCUCCCUUCUCCCUUCCAUUGCUCCCCAACUUGGUGUCUCUAGUUUGGGGUGCGAUUACCAGCGAAAAUUUUACAUUCAUCCGGUUAUUUUUGACCUCAAAAUUGACGACACUCAACAUAUCCCGUAAGAUCACAUUUGGUCUUUCCGAACAGUCCAUUUUGUUAUGUAUCCCGAUGCUGUGCCCUUCUGUCUCGAACUUCAGUAUCCAUCGGGCGAUAGAAUCGGGAGAAAUAUCGACCGCGUUGCAAUACUGGCCUCAUCUAUCCUCAGUGAGAACCGGAGAAAUUUCCGAGGUGGCCAUACUAUAUCUGUCCAACUUGACCUCACUUCGAUCUCUCAAAUUUCGUUUACCUUCAACUUUCCUAUUCGCAAGUACGCAAACACGCAUGCAGCAACCUGCAUUCUGUGCGCUGCAAGAACUGGCUAUAGAAUCCAAAACACUGGAAGUCUUAGAUGCAUUCUUCGAAACGUUAUUCGUUGCUCCCGAAAUGCUAUCCUUCACCGUCACCGAGCAAAUAUCUGCCCCGUUGGCCCUGGCAUCUUUGAUUUCCUGUUUACCCAAUACAUGCGCGCACAGCUCACUGCAACAGGUGCACUUCAACAUUGAUGAUGGGUCUUUUGAUGACAGCGAUCCGAUCGAAAUUGCAUCCUUUCAACCACUCUCCGUUUUCCGCAAUCUUCGCAAGCUCAGCUUCCAAACAGAGUACUAUUUGCAGUUGGAUGAUACCGCCCUUUUGCAGAUGGUCAAGGCCUGGCCGCUUCUGGAAGAAUUGCACUUCGAAAAAUCACGCAUAAGACAUCAUAUCACCUCAAAUACCUUCGUCUCGCUGUUGCAACAUUGCCCAUGUUUAGUCUCGGUUGGCAUUGCUGUAAACUGGUCUGCUGUAGACAACCACGGGAUAUCACUCGAUGUUCCUUACCACGGAUUUGCACACAAAAUGCUAUCUCAUGCAUCCUUUAGUAAUUCAAAAAUUCGCCAUCCAACGAGGAUUGCUGCUUUUAUCUCGGCCAUCGCACCUAAUAUCAAAUCAGUUAAGGCAUGGGGCAUGGCCAUAUACGAGCACGAUCGAGGCUUCGUUAAAUACUGCUCAAGAUGGGAUCUCGUCCAGGAUUUGAUCAAGUCCUUCUCUAUGGUUCGCGAGCAAGGGAGGAGAAUGGUGCUGCUAGCAGGUGAAGAGAGCGAUGAGGAAGCGGACGUUGGUGAUGCCAGUGGGGGUGAAGAGGAUUCCGAGGAAGAUACGGAUGAAUAUUCCGAUCGAACUUCAUCAGACUGGGAGGAAGAAUGAUUCAAAACGCAGAUAAUCGUGUAAUGAGUUCGCCUUUGGUGUUCAGCGCCUGGUGCCGUGAGAUACAGCCAUCUCCGUCCAAACUGACGUGUCAUGGGCCAUCGAGAGUUGCAGUCGCGUACUAUGCGCGCGUAUGGUAUCAUAGCCACUGGAAGUGAUCAUUUGUAGCCAUUGCUUUCAGGUCACAAUCUAAUUGACAGUUGCGGGAGUGCACGAGUCAAUAAUAAGCUUUUCAGUCCAUUUCGAGGCCUACGGGUGCGACUCGGAGCUCGAUGCUCGUCUCAAAUAUCUGGCAACAGUGGCAAGG